CUAAGGAAAACAACACCGUGGGUAAACACGAAAGACUUGCACCAAACACUGGUGCACCCGGCACCAGCUCUCGCGAAGGACUCUUUGACAAUCAUCCACUGAACUGCUGAUUCUGUUCUCAUUCCAUGGUGCGACCUCCAACAAAAUCUGUAGCGCGCAUCUAUCGAGAUGUCAACGCCAAUUUUGGCCCUGCAUGGCAUGAAUAUGAUAACCUUCAAGUGCAGUGGGGAACGCAGGAUCACUAUGAGAUAGUGCGCAAAGUUGGCAGAGGAAAAUAUUCAGAAGUUUUUGAAGGUGUCAAUGUAGUUAAUGAUGAGAAGUGUAUCAUCAAAGUACUCAAGCCCGUGAAAAAGAAGAAAAUUAAAAGAGAAAUCAAGAUCCUGCAAAACCUUGCGGGUGGUCCAAACGUCGUGGCCCUCCUCGAUGUCGUCCGAGAUCCUGCUUCGAAGAUCCCCAGCCUAAUAACGGAAUAUGUUGACAACGUCGAUUUCAAGGUUUUAUAUCCUCGUUUCACUGAUUACGAUGUCCGCUUUUAUAUGUUCGAGCUUCUCAAGGCAUUGGACUUCUGCCACUCAAGAGGAAUAAUGCACAGGGAUGUUAAGCCUCAUAAUGUCAUGAUUGAUCAUGAACAGCGCAAGCUGCGGCUAAUAGACUGGGGCUUGGCUGAAUUCUACCACCCGAAGGUUGAAUACAAUGUCCGUGUGGCUUCACGUUACUUUAAAGGACCAGAGUUGUUGGUAGACUUUCAAGAAUAUGACUACAGCUUGGAUAUGUGGAGUUAUGGUUGCAUGUUUGCGUCUAUGAUUUUUCGCAAAGAACCGUUUUUCCAUGGUCACGAUAACUAUGACCAGUUGGUCAAAAUAGCAAAAGUUCUUGGCACAGACGAGCUCUAUGCAUAUAUCGACAAGUAUGGCAUACGGCUGGAUCCUCAGUACGACGAACUCCUCGGAAGGUACCCUCGGAAGCCUUGGACGCGGUUCAUCACAUCUGAAAACCAGCGUUAUAUAUCGAAUGAAGCGAUCGACUUUUUGGAUAAGCUACUACGGUAUGACCACCAAGAGAGAUUGACUGCUCGCGAAGCCCAAGCACACCCUUACUUUGAACCCGUCCGUAACCCCGUGUCUGGCACUUCUGCCGACGGUGAAAGCGAGGACUCGGGAGCAUCAUCAGCCUAAUCUAUAAUUCACUUCUCUUCAUCUCUGAUUGUGAAAGUUUUGUACUUCCUUUGCAUAUGAUCAUGUCAAAACAACCUUCCCAACCCGAUAAGCGCGUUCUUUAGUGCAAACAAACUGUGUGUCUUCAAGAAAUACAGCUUAACUGAAAUCAAGC